CAUCUGCACUUCAGAGCGAGGCGUGGUCAGUCAGAGCUCACAGGUAGCAAAGUCUGCACAGCUGCACCCACACUUCACCCACAGGAUACCUACUCUACUUUCUCUGCGGCAAGCUCAACACUAGCUCCAUCAACAAUGCCAAAGUGCCCAAAGUGCCAGAAGGAAGUUUACUUCGCUGAGAGGGUGACGUCACUGGGUAAGGACUGGCACAGGCCCUGUCUGAAGUGUGAGAAGUGCAACAAGACGCUGUCAGCAGGCUCACAUGCAGAGCAUGAUGGAAAGCCUUACUGUAACAACCCCUGCUAUGGCGCACUGUUUGGACCUAAAGGAUUUGGACGUGGUGGAACCGAGAGCCACUCAUAUAAAUAGACAGGUUCAGGUUCAGGCCUUGCAGUAAAAAUGUCGCUUGGAGACUAGAUCGAUGAAGCCAGCACGCUCACGAGUCCCCAGUAAAAACCAGCAAACAAACUGUGCUCUGAUUCAGAGGAAACAUUUUGACUGCGUGUGUUUUUAUUUCAUGGUUUUGUUGUUUGUUUGUUUGUUUUUUUUCUUUUUUUGGUCUGUUUUCUGAAGAUGAUCCUGCAUUCCCAUGAUUCAGUAAUGAAGUGGUUGUCCUCUUGUCUCUUGCUGUUCUUAAGGUGGACAUUCUCAUUAAACACUUUUUAAAAUUUG